GGCACAUCUGCCAGCCGUCCUGAAGAAAAUGAACCCACCAGUGGCAGUGCAGAUGUCAGCCACCAUCAGUUAGAUGUUUGUGCUUCUCGGUUGGAUAUCUGGUCGAAGAGGAAAGAGAGAAAUCGGAGGAAAGGAGCUGCUCAGGCUGCUGGAAGAUGUCUCUCUGGAUGAUCCUGCCUGUCAGCCUCCCAGUCCUGAGCAUCACUGGGAUCUGGGUUGUGUACGCCAUGGCCCUGUACAACCAGCAUGUCUGUCCUGUCAACAACUGGUUGUACAACCAAUCAUGUGAGGAGGAGCUGUAUUUGCAGAGUGGUCCGUCUUUUUGCUGCACAUUAGAUAAUGUACCUCUCAUCAGUAAAUGUGGGACUCUUCCACCUGAGAGCUGCUUCUUCAGCCUCAUCUGCAGCACUGGCUCAUUUAUGGUUAUGGUGAUCGUGCUGCUGCGCUACGCCCACGUUAUUGAGAAGCACCAAAACUGUGUCCUCAACAUGGCGAGUCUGUCCACAGGCUGGAUCUGUUCCGCUGGACUCAUCAUGGUGGGAAACUUCCAGGUGGAUAAUGCCAAAGUUCUCCACUAUGUCGGAGCGGGCAUCGCCUUCCCCACCAGUAUGCUGUUUGUGUGCCUGCAGUCGGCGCUGACCUACCGACUGGCUAAGACCCAGGGGGAGUACUACGCGGCCCACCUCCGGCUCUGCAUGACCCUGCUGGCCUUCGUAGCCUUGGUGCUCAGCGGCGUGUUUUUCUGCCAGGAGAGCUUCGCCCUGCAGCACGCCUCGGCCAUCUUCGAGUGGGUGUUCUGCGUCAUCAUCAUGCUGUUUUACGGGACGUUUGCCUUUGAGUUUGCCAGCAUGUCGGGCGACACCAUGGCAGUGCUGGCCCGAGGCGGGUCCCGCGGACUUGCUGGGAGAGAACAUAAAGUGGACGCUCUCGGUGGACUUGUUCAACACUCGCAGCCACACCUGCACCAACCCGAAAGCAUGUCCAUACUGUAAGGAUCUGCCGCUUCUUCAGCUUUAAUUCUCUCCAACUCUGGAUGUUGAAUGAGUUUAAUUAUUCGACACCUUUGAGUAACGGACGGGCCGGUGCAGCAGCUGUUCACAGCAGGAUUUGUGUCUUAAAAAGAAAAAAAAACUUGCUUGCAUUUUGCACACUAACCAAGCGUGACACCAAAUCUACAGACUGAGUCGUGACGUCAGUGACCAGCAUCAGAGGAGUAUUUUGUUCUUCAUCCCUUGAUGUUCUGGACUGGCACGGAUUGUGGCGUUGAUGCUUUUUUUUGUCUGCACAGAGGUGAGGCUGCUGGACAGCCCAGCUGACAGUAUUACAGUAGAGAUACAGAAACAACAACAAAAACAGGCCAAUGUUUGGCAUUUAACAAUCAGCUACACCUCAGUUAAGCAAUAUCCAGUCGAAAAUAACAUCCCAACUACUCGUGACAUCUUAUCUGCCUUCAAGCCAAAGAUCAGGGGACUGAAUGAAUCCAGAAUGUUACUCAGGAGUCGACCGACCAAGGCGAAAUUAUUACUUUUUCUUGUGAAAAUGAAGAUACAAUGGUGGCUCUUUGGUGCUCCACUGGGUGUAUUUUAUAAUCAGAAUCCAGUAUGUGCUGUUUAUUUUUGGCCUGUAGCUUCACAUCUGCAAUGUUUCCCGAAGUUACCCAGAAUGCUCGUAAUGCGUGAUAUUCUUGUCGUAUUUAUUUCUAACAGUAUACAGAGUAUACACCGGGUGCCUUUUAAAGGUUAACUGUAAGAUCCAAUGCUGGAAAGAAAAAAAAGUGUUUUUCCUGCUUAGCGUAAGAAACAACACAAGACUGAUGUUGACCCUAAAGUGAUAUUGGCUUUAACUUCCUGUGUGUGGCAGAAUAAGAGGCCAAACAAGCCAAUUCAAGCCAGGGCGCCGGCUUUAUUGAGUUUAGGGACGAGUGCUUCUUGGUUUAGCUGCUUGUUUUCUUUUUAAAGCCCUGAAAACUACCAAGUGUUCUGCACAUGGAGCUGAGACUGUAACCGAAGACAUGACUUGAGACUUCUUUAUUUUGUGCCAAGUACUAGUUUGUCUGUGCUUCAUCACAAAAAAGCUUUCAUACCAUCAUCUUCUCAUCUCUUUGGCUUUAUUAUCUACUGUUUUAAAGCAAUAAGAUGAGGCGUAGGAUCAUAAUGUUACCAGGAAUACAAACGGAGAGAAAUGUUGUUAGUUGUUGGGGAAAAAACAAAGUUUGUGUUGUCACCACUCCCUUAAUUCCCAUUGUGCCACAUGUUUUUGGGCCGAGGGUUGCCAGAGUUUUAAGUGCAAGGGAACUUUUAAUAUCCCGUUACACAAUUUGUUCCUGAAGGUUUGACAUGUACUAAAGCUGGAUGUAAACUUGUCAACAAGGUGGAGCAAAAGUUUGAGGCAGAAACGGCAGCAGCUCUGAUGGCCUGCCGCCCUCUGCUGGUCAAACAGCCUCAAUGCAAGCUUUAAAAUCCGAUUUUACACUGAAGUUCGUUUCACAUGAAGUUUUUUGUUGAAGUUGCUCAUUCUUUCGUGCGCACAGUUCCAAUUCUUCAUUUCAGUUCAGUGCUUUAAGUCAUUCCUCCGUACACUACUUUCACAAAACUUAUUCUCCUAAAAGGUCAGUAUAUUCAGAACGUUAAGCCAUGUGAUGGUGCUUCCUGUGCUGCUCCGACAAGAAACUUUUUGUCAUUUCUCAGUGUUUACUAAAAGCACUUCAUUUGAUAUUUUUUAAUGUCUCAUAAAACACUAGUCAAGAUUCCAGUCCUUAUUUCACGUCAGUAUCUUAUGACCUCUUAUGUCUUUUUGAUCUUUGCACUCAGGAAACUUGUUCAACACCAGCUGUAUUUUUAAUUCAAACCAGGAAGAAAUCGCCUGUUCUUUUUGUGUAGUGUAGAUGCAUCAGCUUUUUCACUUGUAGGACUGAUUUUAGUUGUGAUAUCAAAAAAAAAAAAUCCUGUAAUAACAGCUUAUAAAAUUCCUUGUGCUGCUCAUGCAAACAUAGUGAAACGCUUGCAAAAACUUCAGCUUCAUGCAAUCAGCGCAUCAAUAAGAGCAUUUAGACAAACUAACCAGCAGCUGUAAAUCAAUCAAAAAAAAAAAAGGUCAGUUUUUGGGACAUUUAUGCCAAAUUUGUUAUGUUUUAAUUGCAAAAAAUGCUUAUUGUGCCUUAUGUUUUAUAGUGAUAACCAAACAGGUGUAGGUUGUAAAUUCUGCUGUUUUGAUGCAAAGUCAAAUGAUUGUAUGCAGACUAUACGUUCUAAUGUUCUAUAAUAAAAAAAUAAAGAAUUGAAUGGG